UAAACUUUAGAUACGUAUUUAGGUUUAUGCAUUUUUAAUUUAUGUGUAUAGUAAUCACGAUUAACCAGUAUAAAUUAUAAUAUAAAUCAGUAAAAAAGUCGUGACUGUAAGCUGUAAGCAAAAGUUACUGAUAUCGUGUGAUUGGGGUCAUUAUUCGAUCAAUAUAUUAUAGGCUUCUCGUGGAAAGUUUUUACAAAUAUCGACCACUAAAGAAUGUUAAUCGGGAAAAGACUCUUCGCUUGAAUAAAUUCUCAUUUAACUUGAAAAACGAAAGUGGUUGCAUUCGUAUUGUAAUUAUGUAAGGAAUUAACUCUAAUUUAGUUGCAUCAUGUGUUAAAUAUCGUCAAUGACGAAAUAAACAGCGUAUGUACGACGGCUCCAUUGAUUCGCUGGUACUGUAUACGAUAUAGCGCUUUAAUGUACCAUCCCCGCCUCCCUAACGCCCACGCUCCUCAGUACCGCCGGUCGACAGGAUGCUAGACACCCAGUGGAGGCGCCAUCUACGAUGAACUCCCGGAUGUACAUCACGUUUCUAGUGUUGAUUUCAUUGGCAGAGACGUUUGCUUCCGUUUGCAGCAGAUGUUUGAACAAUAGCACCUGUCGGACCGUGACGUCAGAACACGUUACUAUGAAUACCUGCGUAUGUCGUCAUGGAUACUUCGGAAGCCGAUGUGAAUCUCACGUGAAGUUGAUGAUGUCAGCAUAUAGCGACGAGAGUGUGACGUUACAGGUGGAGUUAAUUUAUCGGUCGUUUGCCGGAAAAGAAGAAACGCUACUGGAAUCAAAAACCAAACGACCAGGUGUAAAUACGUUUGUACCGGAUGUGAGCGACCCUAUUGAUGACAUUGGGAUCUCUGUUCAUUAUUGGCCAGCAGAUAAAUCCGGAAGUUGCAAUAUUCAGCCGAUCAGAAUUACACCAGACGAUCACGUGACUAUAUACGGUCUGCGCGCGCAGACCGCUUACAAUUUGUGUCCCCAAGUUGGACAUCAAGACUGGUGCAUACGCACUUUGGAUGAGCAUUCAGAUUCUAACUGUGUGACUAUUGUGACAAAGCAAAAACACAUAUUUUUGAACACGGCGUUGUUGUAUACGAUAAUCGCGGGCUCCAUAGCGGUGGUAGGCCUCGUAAUCUUGGUAAUUAUCUUCAUAAUAGCGUGGAGGAGUAGGUAUUUCAGUCAAUUAAUAUGUAUAAAACGUAAACGUCAAACUUUUAGACAGAGACGCAACAAACGACGAAAAGCGAAGAAAUCUGAAAUUCAAAUGACGAACCUGUUUAAUGGGGCGAGCUCCCACUCGUUUGUAGAAGCCUACCAGAUCCCGGAAACCGAUAAUUUGGCUACGGGCUUACUAAAUCCCGAACUUUCCCGCACACCCGGAUCGGGAAUGAACGGGCACGGUAUUAACAUUCACGCGCCAAAAAGCCCGGGAAAGCCUUUACACCAGCUCGUGCAGAACAUGUCACGUGGUUAUGUGGAAUAUUCCGCGGCAAAUGAGCAGGCGAUUCCGUUGUCGGCUGUAAUUAAUUACGGGGAAGGUCCGGAUGAUUUGCAAUAUAGUCCAUAUAGUUCAUAUGACGAUUUAACCUAAAUUUCUGUUUGUGCUGAAAUUUUAUGUUUUUUAGCAUUUACUUUUUGUUAGUUUUGUGUUGCUUUUUUUUUGG